AUGAGUGAUGAUUAUAUGGAUGAUGACGAGGAUUACGGUUUUGAGUAUGAGGAUGACUCCGGCAGUGAACCAGAUGUAGAUUUGGAGAAUCAGUAUUAUAGUGCUAAAGGCUUGAAAAGUGAGGGAAAAUUAAAUGAAGCAAUCACCCAUUUUGAAAAGGUUCUAUCUUUGGAGUCUGAAAUGGGAGAAUGGGGGUUUAAAGCUUUAAAACAAAUGAUCAAAAUAACAUUUACCCAGAAUGCUUUCGAUGCCAUGCUUACACACUACACUAGACUUUUACGAUAUAUCAAAACUGCGGUGACAAAGAACUAUUCGGAAAAAUCUAUUAAUUCAAUCCUGGAUUACAUUUCCACCUCCAAACAAAUGGAGUUACUACAACAAUUCUAUAAAACUACCCUAGAUGCUCUAAAAGAUUCCAAAAACGAGAGACUAUGGUUCAAAACAAACAUCAAGUUGGGAAAGCUCUAUCUAGAUAUGAGGCAAUAUAGCCAGUUAGAAAAAAUACUUAAGCAAUUAAAAAAAUCUUGCAAGAACGAAGAAGGAGAAGAAGACCAGAAGAAAGGAACUCAACUUUUAGAAAUUUAUGCUCUUGAGAUUCAAAUGCAUACAGAGCAGAAAAAUAAUAAGGCUUUGAAACGUUUAUACGAACUUGCUCAGCAGGCUAUUCUCUCUAAGUCAGCUAUUCCCCAUCCUUUAAUUCUAGGAGUUAUUAGAGAAUGUGGUGGUAAAAUGCAUCUCAGAGAUGGACAAUUCGAAAAAGCACACACAGACUUCUUCGAAGCUUUCAAAAACUAUGAUGAAAGUGGAUCAACAAGGAGAACAACUUGUCUGAAGUAUUUGGUACUCGCCAACAUGCUCAUUAAAUCCGAUAUUAAUCCUUUCGACAGUCAGGAAGCGAAACCGUUCAAGAAUGAGCCUGACAUUGUUGCUAUGACUGAAAUGGUUUCGGCCUACCAAGAGAAUAAUAUUGAUGGUUUCGAGAAAAUCUUAGCUGAAAAUAAGGAGAGCAUCAUGAGUGAUCCUUUCAUUAAAGAACAUAUUGAGGAACUCUUGAAUAAUAUUAGAACCCAGGUUCUGCUCAAGCUCGUCCGACCUUAUACUCGGGUCCGGUUGAACUAUUUAGCUAAACAAUUACGAAUCGAAGUAGCAGAAAUUAAACGUUUAUUAAUUGACACAAUUUUAGAUGAAGGCUUGGCAGCUAGAAUCGAUGAACCUGAAGAAAUUCUGUAUGUGGUCCCGCCUUCGGAAAAUAUAAAAGAUGAUAGUAAUCUAUCCUUCUCUACUAUGCAAGAAUGGGCUGCUCAGUUGAACCAACUGCAAGAAACAUUAGAAGCUUUGGAAACUCAAAUAUACAACUUCGAGGGAUCAUAUUUAGAAGAAACUGCAGAAUAUGGUAAUGUCAUUAAAGGGUGGGACCGCUAUGCUCUAGCUGCUCCACCGAGCAAGACUGCUAUGAAAAUGGAGAAAAAAGGACAACGCAAGGCAUUACGAGAAUCUGAAAGACUCUUCUCUAAUUCAUCGAUUACUACACAUAUAGCUGUGAAGAAUCACAAGAGUAAACUUCAAGGUGCCUCUGCUAAUAUGCAAACCAAUGAGCAAAUACUGAAGGAAGAGCCCGAUAAUGAUGAUGACUCAGUGUCAUCCAGAGAGUCCAAAAAGAAGAAACGUUAA